AUGUCUCAACAUCACUCAGAGUCAGAAGAGCUCGAACUGCCCGUACUUGGUCAAAUGUACACACCAGGACAAGCAGUUGAAUCUUUCAUUUGGACAGUAACAGCGAAGACAACGAAGGCUAACUUACACGAGAAGCUCAAGAGCUAUGACAGGCCAACCUGUGGCAAUCGCAUGGAGAUGUUGGACAGACUUCGUCAGUUUUCCAAUGACCGAGACGAGUGGCUGAGGCCUAAGUUGAAACGGAAACGAGGGGAACAUGCCUCACGCCAAUCCCUUUCGAAACGAAGGAUUGAGGAGGUGUUUGGAAUCGAAGAACAAACAAUUACGUACAAAAGCAAGAAGAGCGCAAAUCGCACGCAACGGGCACUCCAGGAUGACGACCAAGCUGCAAAUUCAGCAUGGGCACAUGCAGUGCUGUCAGCGUUCGGUAUGCCUCACGAUUUGAGUGUACCUCCGAUAACGCAGCGAAAAAGCUGCCACCAACAAAUUGCCUUGACAACCGAAGCUGAAGAAUGUCCGCAACAGGAUGCUUUUGCUGUUCGUAUGCGGAAAGUGGAUUCCAACAUGUCAUCUGUGCGAGAGGACCUCAGUAAUGUCGAAAAUCACAUCAGUGUUCUCACAUCGCACAUUCUCGAUAUGAAAACACUGAUGAAAUCAAAAGAUAAAGAUACACGCACGUUACACAUGGAGACUCGAAGCUCUGGGUGCCAUAACACAGUUGUCCAGUCCCAUGCAGAAGCAUGCAUUGUCAGCAACAACGCGCCGUCCAAACCUCGCACAAUGAUGCAGACAGCAUCCAUGUCUCUGCCUCCAGAGGUAAUCCCCCCCAAAAACCUUGGAAUCGCGCACCUUGGCCAAGAGCAGUUUUCGUAUGACAGGACAACUGUGCCGUCACCUCCUACAGUCCACCUCUCGAAAGAUAUCAACCAGCUGUGUGAAGAAUGGGAGGAAUCAAACUUACUUGUUGUCAACGGUCGUGGAAUCCCUGUCAAGUAUUGGGGUGAGUUCUACAAGAAAGGAAAGGGUGUCAAGACUGCAGCAUGGGAUGCACUUCGAGUAGAAUGGGGAAAUUGGAAGUUCAUUGCUGAAGAACGGCAGCGAUACCCAGACAACACCUCGUUCUGGCGUGCAUUCAGUGAUGAGAAUAGUAAGAUUUUUUCUUACCAACAGAUCCUGAACCGUCUUGCAGAGCACCGAGUCUCUGCUGCUGCCCGAGACGCUAAAGAUGCACGCGAUUUUUUUGGUGGCAACCUCAACCACCCACUGGCCCGUGGUGCCUUUUGCUACACAAAAGGUGGCAGGGCUUACUUGUCGAGCAAGGACGACGCCGUUGCAAAAAAGUGGCGCGAGCUUCUGACGACACGUCCUGACAUUGUCGAACAACGGACACGCCAAAUCUUCGGUGGACCACAACCCUGA